AUGCAGGCCGACUCAUCUGAACGAGGAGGUGCUGGCUGUCUUGAUCUUACACAAGCACAGUAUCCACCUAAAGCCCUUCUUGUUGAAGUUCGUUGCCUUAUAGAUUAUGGUGAAUUCGAAACUGAAGACGGAACUGUCAUUGAUUUGAGCAAAGGAAGCCAACAUUCUAUGAUACGAAGUGAUGCUGAACCGCUUAUAAUGCAGGGAAUUUUGGAACAUAUCACUUCCUGA